UAAAAUAUAGAUUAUUGAGCUGUGCAGGUUUCGGUUAGUAUGGUUAUUGGUUUUUAAUUUUAUUAUUGUUGGUUCAAAAUCAGAACCGGCUCAAUCAACGACAGCUGGAAAAAAUAACAAACAAACAUCACAAUUCAAAUACAUUUUUGAGAUUCUCUCUCCUCUCUACCCAUUGCUUCACUUUUUUCUCACUUCCUUCAAACUCUCUCUAGAGAAACUGUAGUCUCUUCAGAGGAUGGCGGUUCCGGUUGUUGAUCUCCUGAACAACUCCGAUUCAUCAUCCGAUGAAGAUUUCAGCGACUCCGAAGUAUUUUAUUCAUCGGAGGACGAAUCCAUGGAAGACGAACCGUCGGAGUCGGAAAUCACCACUGCAAAAGAAACAGAGACGAAACGUAGCGAAGAGGAGGAGGAGGAGGAGGAGUUUUGGAUCCGUUAUCCUUAUUUGAAGAGUUUUCUGAGCACAAGCGUUGCUCAAGGUUUGAUUCCAGAGGACUAUGUUUUUGAGAGAGCCAAGCUUAUCGGAGAAGAGAAGGCCAAGGAGCUGAAUGAAAGAGGCGAGGCUUUGUUUCUCAAGGAACUUGAAGCGUGCAAGGACAAGUGUGAGCUCGUUGCGUCUGCCAUCCUCGCUAUGAAGUCCGUUAAAUGAUUUUCUUGAAAUCGUUGGAAACUUUUGUUUAUGAUGAUAUAGUGUCUUGGAUUGCUUUUGUUCUAUGAUGAAAUCGUUUUCGUUUAGUGUUCAAACUCCAUUAAAACACGCUAUGUAGCUUUCUAUUAGUAUCAUUUUAGCAUAAGAAAAAUGAAGAGAAGAUCAAACUCCAUUAAAGCGUUCUA